UACGUUUUAGCUAUACAGCCGCCAAGUAAAUCAGUUAGUCGCAAAAAGAACGUCACGCGAAUUUUAAGUAGAAAAUCAAAUAAGAUUUAUUUCAUUUUAAAAUUUUAUUAUUUAUAUUUUUUAAAAUUGAACAAAAAUCAAAACUACACAAUCAAAAAUUUAAAUUUUUCAAAAUCUUUUUUUUUAAACAAAAUUUAAAUUAAUUAAAGGAAUUUUUGUAAAUUUCCACUAAGUAGAAAAAAGUGCUAAAAUUUGUUUGUAUUUUUUUACGUUUUAUAUAUGAAAAAUUGAAAUAAAAUAAAACAAAAACUAUUAGAAAAAGUGCAUUAAACAAUAAAAUAUUGCAUUCGAAAUAAGAGAAAUUAAAUUAAACAACGAAUUAAGAAAUUGCGCGUUUUUUUUGCUACAAAAUAAAUCUUGAAAAUUUGUCUGGCUGGAGCAAAAAGGAAGCAAUUAUUAUUUUAACAACCCAACAUUUGUUUACAACCAAGGACAACCGAAAACAAACUAAGGCGUUUUACUAAAACGUUUAAAUUUCCAUUUUAAUCAACCAGUUAAAACAGCAAACAACUUUACAAUGUCAUGGAGAUAUGCGCUUGGCAGUGAUAGAUACUCUGCUGAUAGAUAUUCUACAGCCAGUAGUAUUGGUGAUAGAUACAGUUCGCUGUAUCAUCAGUCGCCCAGCCGUCUGGAGUCAGCAGCCUCUUCAAGUGAACACACCACAGGACGUCAAUUGCAACGUGUGUUGCAUUAUUCAAUGACACCCUGCCGCACAUUGCCAGGUCUAAGAAGGUCAGAAUGUGCCAUACACGAUGUGGACGCCGAUGAAGUUUAUCCAGGCAUUUACAUUGGUGAUGCAGCUGCUGCUAAAAAUAAAACAUACCUGCGUAUGAUGGGCAUUACACAUGUACUGAAUGCCGCAGAAGGUUGUCGUUAUGGCCAGGUCGAUACAGGGCACAGUUACUAUCGUGAUAUGCCGAGUGUUAAAACAAAUCAAACCUAUAAAAGAAAUGUGAGUGGAAGAAACAACAAAGACGGUAUUUUCAGGUACAUGGGCUUCCCAAUGAUUGAUGCACCUACAACCGAUAUUUCACGUUAUUUCUAUGUGGCGGCCAAAUUUAUUGACAGUGCCAUCAGCAGCGGUGGCAAAGUUUUAGUUCACUGUUUGGUGGGCGUUUCACGAUCGGCCACCUGCGUCUUGGCCUACUUGAUGAUCUGUCGCAAAAUGUCAGCGGUCGAUGCCAUACGCACAGUACGCAUGCGCCGUGAUAUUCAUCCCAAUGAUGGUUUCCUACAACAAUUGGCUGAUUUAGAUAUGGAACUGAGACGUAAAAAUCUAUAUCCCUUUUAAGAACAUCAACAAUAACAAAAAUCACAACAUCAACAUCAACAACAACAAAACAAUAACAACAAUAACCAAAGAAACCAACUCAAAUUAUUGAACCACAUAUUCAGAGAAACAAUAUUAUAAAAAAAUAUAAAUAAAAAAAAUAAAUCAAUAAUAAAAAGGAAGAAACUAGGUAUAAAAAUAUUUAAACUGAAACAAAACAAAAAAAUUUAUAGUGAUAUAGAAAACUGUAAUCAGAGACCAUUUAAUAAAGUAGAGACAAAUUCUAAAUAAACUACCGACUUAAACGGACGGACUGAGGGACUGUUAAUUGAACCGAAAACAAAACGAUCUUUUGAACUUAUUUUAUAAAUAUAAGAAGAAAAACAAAUUAAAACUAAAAAAAGAAAAGAAUACAAAUCUAAUAACAAUUUUUUCUUUGUAGUAUAUUAUAUACAAUACAAUACAUAUGAGUAUAUUUGUAUAAUUAUUAUAAUUAAUAUUAUAUUAACAAUUAAUUUCUUUUGUAUUAUUAUUAUAAUUUAAUGAUGAAAUCAAAACAAACCACAAAAAAACCAAUAAAAAUUAUAUUAAUUAUAUACUAAUGGAAACAAACAAAAA